AUGUCGCAAGGACAACUUCCUCUUCCAGAGCCGUUUGCGUCCAUUCCGCGGUAUGAACUUACAUUUGGUCCAUCGCCAAUUCAUUCCCUUCCACGAAUCUCGAAAGCGUUGGGCGGCAAGGUGAACAUUUGGGCAAAGCGCGACGACUGCAACUCACCUCUCGCGUAUGGUGGCAACAAAACGCGGAAGCUAGAAUACCUCCUGCCAGAAGCCAUCGCUCAGGGAUGCGACACACUCAUCUCCAUUGGCGGUCUUCAAUCGAAUCACACUCGCCAAGUCGCAGCGGCUGCUGCGAAAGCUGGGCUGAAAUGCAAACUGGUCCAGGAGAAUUGGGUGUCCGAUCAUUCCUCGAACGUUGGGUACGAUAAGAUCGGCAACAUCCAGCUUUCUCGUCUUAUGAACGCUGAUGUGAGGCUGGACUCUUCCGGCUUCGGUAUUGAGCACAAGCCGACGCUAGCGAACUUGAAGGAAGAGGUCAUUAGCACCGGUGGCAAACCUUACUAUAUUCCAGCUGGGGCAUCCGACCACCCCUGCGGUGGUCUGGGCUUCGCGCGAUGGGCCUUCGAAGUCCGCCAGCAAGAACUUCAGCAGAACGUCUUCUUCGACACCAUCAUCGUUUGUGCUGUCACAGGUAGCACAUUCGCGGGCAUGAUCGCAGGCUUCAAGCUGCUCGAGAAGACGGGAGCCAGUCCUAAGCGGAAAGUUAUCGGCAUCGAUGCCUCAGCAAAGCCAAAAGAGACGUUCGACCAGGUCCUUCGGAUCGCGCGCCAGACUGCCGGUCGGAUAGGGCUGUCAGAGGACGACAUCACAGAAUCAGAUGUAAUCCUUGAUGAACGCUACCAUGGAGGCAUUUAUGGUGUUGCUGACCAGCGCACCAUUGAUGCGAUCAACUUCGGUGCAAGGACAGAGGCCUUCAUCACGGAUCCGGUGUAUGAAGGCAAGAGUCUCGCGGGUUUGAUGGACAUGGUCAGGAAUGGAGAGUUUGCGGACGGUAGUAACGUGCUCUACGCUCACCUGGGAGGGCAGCUAGCUCUAAACGCAUACUCGGAGCUUCAGGGUGAGACGGCGGCAAUUACAAACAGGAAGAAGAACGAGUCUUUGAAUGGGCAUGCGUGA